AUGUUUUUUACGAUCUUCUUGGGAUUGGUUUCAUUUUUAUUUUUAUUACACUGCUCUAUUAAGUACCGAAGAGUAACAAAAAUCCUUGAAGCACUUCCGGGACCAAAAGCAUAUCCAAUUAUAGGAAAUUUGCUUCGUUAUCAAAUUAAAAGUGAUAACCUUUUCGAAUUAAUUUAUAAAACGGACAAGGAGUAUUAUCCAAUUUACAAAAUAUGGACUUUUUUUACCACAACGGUAGUUUUACUUCAUCCAGAAGAUAUCGAGGUACUUAUGAGGAGUCCCAAACACAUAACAAAAAGUGUCUUUUAUAAAUUCUUAAAACCAUGGCUAUCGACCGGAUUGAUAACAAGUACAGGAGGCAAGUGGCAACAUCGAAGAAAAAUUUUGACUCCCGCUUUUCACUUUAAUAUUCUCAAACAUUUCGUAGUCACCUUAAAUGAAGAGGCACGUUAUCUUGUGUCAUCAUUGAAAGAACAAGGAAACGGAAAUCCAAUCAUUAAGAAUCUAGAGGAACUACUGACCGAGCAUACAUUAAAUGCGAUAUGUGAAACGGCUAUGGGUACCCCUUUGAAUGGAAAUGGCGAACUUGAGUCUAAAUAUCGCAAAACCGUUCAUAGUAUGCUCGGCAUUGUCCCAUACAGGAGUGUAAGACCUUGGUAUUUUUUUGACACCAUAUUUGCAUUAUCACCGAAAGGACGAUUACAAGAGAAACUAUUAGAAACGUUGCAUGGUUUUACGAAUAAAAUAAUUGCAGAAAGAAAACGUUUUCACGAAGAAACUAAUGGAAAAUAUUUAAAAAGUUUGGAAGAAAUUGACGAGAAUGUCGGUUUUUCCGAUGAAUACGAUGAAAAUUACAAAAAUCCGGUAUAUAAGAAAAAACUGGCUAUGUUAGAUUUACUGAUAGCAGCUUCUUGGAAUGGAAAUCAAAUCGAUGAUGAAGGAAUCAGAGAGGAAGUGGAUACAUUUAUGUUUGCGGGUAACCACACUACUGCAAUGGCAUUGGUUUUUCUUUUGAGUAUUAUUGCUAAAUACAAAGACGUUCAAGAACGUAUAAGAGAGGAAGUGAAUAGUGUUAUAAACAAAGAAAAUUCUAAAAUAACGAUGUCGAUGCUUGGAGAAUUUUCAUAUUUAGAAAGAUGUAUAAAAGAAUCUUUACGCUUAUACCCAAGUGUCCACUUUGUAUUUCGUUAUUUACACGAGGACAUGCAGUUAAAAAAAUAUUUAAUCCCAGCAGGUACAAACAUUCGAGUUAACAUCUUUCAUUUACACCGAAAUCCAGAAUUUUGGCCCAAUCCUGAUGUUUUCGAUCCUGAUAGAUUUUUACCAGAAAAUAUUAGCAAACGUAAUGCUUUCUGUUUUAUCCCAUUUAGUGCAGGAUUAAGAAACUGCAUUGGUCAAAAAUAUGCAAUGUUUGAAAUAAAACUAAUGGUUGCCCACAUAUUACAUAAUUUUUAUUUAGAACCAGUAGAGGAAUUGGACAACAUUAAAUUGAUAGGAAAUAUAAAUUUGCGACCGGAGAAACCACUUCAUAUCAAAUUUGUACCGAUAAAAUCAUAA